AUGCCACGACGAUCUUCUCGGCCCGGGCCCACAGAAGCCCCAGGGUCCGCGAAAUCCGCACCAAAACGACGCGCUUCAGCACGACUCUCCGCCACACCAAGCGAAGUGAAAAGAGUCAAGUCAAACAGUGCGCUCUCUGCGAAAUCCACUAGCAAGAAAAGCAAGUAUUUCAAACCCGAGAGCUCCGCGGAACCGGAGGAAUCACCAAGUGAGAGUGAGACGGGCGGGGACUCGGAUUCAGGCUCCGCUUACGAAGAGAAGGAAUCGGGAUCGGAAUCUUCGCCGACUCCGGAGAGUGAAGUAGAGGAAGAAGCAGAGAGUGAAUCCGCACUUGAGAGCGACGGAGAAGAGGAGAGCUCGAAACCAAAGACCAAGUCCAAACAGACUCAGCGACGAGGCCGCGCGGAUUCGGGUUCAACCGGCGCGCCGAAGGCUAAGGAGCUCUGGCGUGUAGGCGUGCGCACAGGUCUAGAACCUGGAGAGGAGGUAAUCUUCACUAAACCCAAGGCCCGAGGUACCGGUGGUAUCCCGUAUGAAGAUGAGACGCUCCACCCAAAUACGAAGCUGUUCCUGCAGGAUCUGGCAGAGAAUAAUGACCGGCAAUGGCUGAAAGCGCAUGAUGCCGAUUUCCGCGCGGCAAAGAAGGACUUCGAGACCUUUGUGGAGACGUUGAGUGGCAAGAUCACCGAAGUGGAUGAGACUAUCCCAGAGCUUCCCAUGAAGGAUUUGAUCUUUCGUAUCCACCGUGAUGUCCGCUUUAGCAAGAACCCGCUUCCAUACAAGAUUCAUUUCUCGGCUGCAUGGUCCCGCACUGGCAAAAAAGGCCCAUACGCAGCGUACUAUGUCCACUUCCAGCCUGGCUCCAGUUUUGUUGGUUGCGGCCUCUGGAACCCAGAGGCUGAUGCACUAGCAUCACUUCGAGAGGACAUCGAUCAAAACGUGGAUCAAUGGAAAGAGGUACUUCGAGCGCCCGACAUGCGCCGCGAGUUUCUGGGAGGAGUUGGCGAUGAUGACGUUGCUGCUGUUAAGGCAUUUGCUCAUCAUAAUAAGGAGUCAGCCCUGAAGACCAAGCCCAAGGGCUGGGAAUCAACUCACCAUAGUAUUGAGUUACUCCGUCUACGCAGUUUUACAAUUGGACGACCGAUUACGGACGACGACUUCAUGGCAGCAGAUGUACAAGAACGGAUCGUCAGUUUGAUUGGAGUAAUGGAGCCCUUCGUGACGUAUAUCAACAGUGUUGUUAUGCCCGAUCAGUAA